CCCUAUUCUUCCCCUUCUGCCCUAAUCAUUCUUUUUUGCCUUUUCUUUUUGUUUUUCUGAUUCCAAUAGAGCAAUUGGAGACUUACUUCAUUCAAUCAUUCUGAUUGUGUGUUUCUAGUUUUGAUUAUGAGCUCUCUUUGGUUUUCUAGCUUAAGGCUGUUGGAAUAUUUACUUCUCUUGCCCAUUUGUGUCUUUUGUCAUUUGGAGAAGUUCACAUUAAGUUCCAGCCUUUUUUUUUUUUUUCCUAAGAUAAUUAUCUAGCUAAAAUUUGCUGCAGAAAUGUUGAUUUUUUUUUUAAAUCGGGUAGUGGGCGUGAGUUUUCUAAUUUAUCUUGAUCUUGAAUUGCUUGUUUUAUUGGGGGUGGUCUAGCUUGAUCUUGAAUUGUAGCAGAUCAUACUAAUGUGACUUAGAUAGAGUAUGUGAUCUUGAGAGGUGUGAGUUUUGUCCUUGAGAUGAACCCCAGAUACAGAAAAUGGAAGAGCAUACUAGUUGUAUUUGGGAGAUAGAAUUUUCAGUGUUGAUCUUUGAUGUAAACCCGUAAUGAUUCGGGAACUGUACCAAGCAUAUUAUGGGCUCCAAAAACAGUCCAUCAGGCAACAGAACACGAAGUCCAUUGUCUAUAUUCAUUGUGAUUGCUCUGUGCUGCUUCUUUUACAUAUUGGGAGCAUGGCAGAGAAGUGGUUUUGGAAAGGGAGAUAGUAUAGCAUUGGAGAUAACAAGGCAAACAGAUUGUAAUGUCGUAUCCAAUUUGAACUUUGAAACUCAUCACAGUGAUGUUGAGAUUGUCAGCCCAUCAGAGCCAAAGGCCAAAGUGUUGAAGCCAUGUGAUGUCAAAUACACAGAUUAUACUCCUUGCCAAGAACAAGACCGAGCAAUGACCUUCCCUAGGGAAAAUAUGAUAUACAGAGAAAGACAUUGUCCUGCAAAACAUGAAAAAUUGAGUUGUCUUAUUCCAGCUCCCAACGGGUAUAUGACCCCAUUCCCCUGGCCAAAAAGCCGAGAUUAUGUCCACUAUGCUAAUGUUCCUUAUAAAAGCCUGACAGUUGAGAAGGCGGUCCAGAACUGGGUGGAGUUUCGGGGUGAUGUCUUUAAAUUUCCUGGGGGAGGAACAAUGUUCCCCCAAGGUGCAGAUGCAUAUAUUGAUGAACUUGCAUCAGUGAUUCCAAUUGCAGACGGUUCUGUCAGAACAGCUCUGGAUACUGGUUGCGGAGUUGCAAGCUGGGGUGCCUACCUGCUGAAAAGAAACAUUUUAGCUAUGUCAUUUGCACCAAGGGACAAUCAUGAAGCACAAGUGCAGUUUGCAUUGGAGCGAGGUGUGCCUGCAGUUAUUGGUGUUCUUGGAACAAUACAUCUUCCAUACCCAUCAAGAUCUUUUGAUAUGGCACAAUGCUCUCGAUGUCUAAUACCAUGGGCAUCAAAUAAUGGAAUGUAUCUCAUGGAAGUUGAUCGAGUUCUAAGACCUGGCGGAUAUUGGAUCCUGUCUGGUCCUCCAAUUAAUUGGAAGACCUACUACAAAAUAUGGAAGCGUACUAAGGAGGAUGCACAGGCAGAGCAAAGAAAGAUAGAAGAGUUGGCUGAAAUGCUCUGCUGGGAGAAAAAGUACGAGAAGGGUGAUAUUGCCAUCUGGAGGAAAAAAGUUAAUGCCAAAUCCUGCAGAAGGAAGUCUGCCAACAUAUGCAAAUCCAAGGAUGCUGAUGAUGUCUGGUACAAGAAAAUGGAAACAUGCAUAACUCCUUUCCCUGAAGUUACUAGUGCAAAUGAAGUUGCAGGAGGACAGUUGAAGAAGUUUCCAGCCAGGCUUUUAGCUGUCCCUCCCCGAAUUUCAAAGGGAACCGUCCCUGGGGUCACAACAGAAUCAUAUCAAGAGGACAACAAACUGUGGAAAAAGCAUAUAAAUGCUUACAAAAGAAUCAACAAAUUAAUUGGCACUGCAAGAUAUCGGAACAUAAUGGAUAUGAAUGCAGGCCUUGGGGGUUUUGCAGCAGCACUAGAAUCACCCAAAUUGUGGGUGAUGAAUGUUGUGCCUACCAUUGCUAAAAACACUCUAGGUGUUAUUUAUGAGAGGGGUUUGAUUGGCAUAUAUCAUGACUGGUGCGAAGGUUUCUCUACCUACCCAAGGACAUAUGACCUCAUUCAUGCCAGUGGUGUUUUCAGCUUGUACCAGGACAGGUGCAAAUUGGAAGACAUCCUUUUAGAGAUGGAUCGGAUUUUGAGGCCGGAGGGCGCAGUGAUCUUCCGGGAUGAAGUUGAUGCGCUGAAUAAGGUGAGGAAAAUUGCCAGGGGCAUGAGAUGGGACGCCAAAAUGAUGGAUCAUGAGGACGGCCCUCUUGUGCCUGAGAAGAUGCUGGUUGUGGUUAAACAGUAUUGGGUUGGCAGUGGAGGUAAUAGCACAUCCAGUGACGCUUAAACCAACGCAUUGGUAUUUAUUUUGACUCUUUUUGGUUGGAGGAGGGGGUGUGAAAGUGAAGCAACCAUAUAUUUAUAGCACUGAGUUUAGAUUAAAUUGCUCUGGAUGAGGAAAUUGAAGAGUUUCUUCUCCUCGGAGGUGGCACAUAAGAAAUUAAUGAAUGAGCCUGUGUUUUAGUUGAUUUACAGCACUUGUAAUUUGUUCCACAUAUAUUGUGUUGAUUGAAAGGGAUAGUGGCAGAGAAGAGAAUUUGUUUUUAGCUGCUGAAUCAUUUAUCAAGAAUGUUACAGUAAUUAAGAUGUUCGCCAUGAUAAUAUUUUCCCAUUUAAUACAAUAAAUAGGAGUGUUCAGUUCUUCAA